AUGUCGGCCGCGUGCGCCGUGUCCCGCAAAGCGCAGCCGCCGCUGCGGCCCCCCGGUGAGAGGGACCCGCCGGCCAAGGCCAUGCGCAGGGCGCUGCGGCGCGGCCGCGAGGAGGAGCAGGAGGAGCCGGAGGAGGAGGAGGAGCAGCUGCCGCUGUGCAGGGCAGAGCGGGAGGCGGCGGCGGCGCCGGCMCCGCUGAGCCACGCGCGGCGGCAGCCGCAGGAGCCCCGGGCGGCGGCGGCGCAGGCCGAGGCGGAGGAGGAGCGGCUGGAGCGGGAGCAUUUCCGCAGGAUCAUCAACGCCUUCCGAUACUACGGAACUAGCAUGCAUGAACGAGUGAACAGAACAGAGAGGCAGUUUAGGUCUCUUCCGCCUAACCAACAGAGUCUUCUCCCUCAAUUCCUUCCUCACCUUGACAAGAUUCGGAAGUGCAUUGAUCACAAUCAGCAGAUACUACAGACCAUUGUGAAGGACUGCGUUCAUAUGUUUGAAAACAAAGAAUACGGAGAAGAUGGAAGAGGGAAGAUUAUACCAGCCUCAACAUUUGACAUGGAUAAAUUAAAGUCUACUUUGAAACAGUUUGUAAGAGACUGGAGUGAAGAGGGUAAAGCUGAAAGAGAUUCUUGCUACCAGCCAAUCAUUAGUGAAAUUGUAAAGAACUUUCCAAAAGAGAGAUGGGAUUUCUCCAAAGUUAAUAUCCUGGUACCUGGUGCUGGGCUAGGUAGAUUGGCGUGGGAAAUAGCUAUGCUCGGUUAUGCUUGCCAAGGAAAUGAAUGGAGCCUCUUUAUGCUCUUUUCUUCUAACUUUGUACUCAACAGAUGUUCUGAAAUUAACUCAUGUAAACUUUAUCCCUGGAUUCAUCAGUUUAGCAAUAACAGAAGAUCUGCUGAUCAGAUACGACCAAUUUAUUUCCCUGAUGUUGAUCCUCAUAGUCUUCCUUCUGGUUCAAACUUCUCUAUGACAGCAGGAGAUUUUCAAGAAAUUUACUCUGAGUGCAAUACAUGGGACUGCAUAGCCACCUGCUUCUUCAUAGAUACAGCACAUAACGUUAUUGAUUAUAUUGAUACAAUAUGGAAAAUACUAAAGCCUGGAGGCAUAUGGAUUAAUGUAGGUCCUCUCCUUUACCACUUUGAAAACUUGGCAAAUGAGCUUUCUAUAGAAUUAAGCUAUGAGGAUAUAAAAAAUGUUAUCCUGCAGUAUGGAUUCCAAAUUGAGGUGGAGAAGGAAUCUGUAUUAUCAACUUACACUGUGAAUGAACUCUCCAUGAUGAAAUACUACUAUGAAUGUGUGCUGUUUGUUGUGAGAAAACCAGAAUAGAAGUGRUUUGAAUAUGUUAAUGGGGGAAAUAAAUGUUAGCUCAAAUACGAAAAUUGGAAACAAGACUGACUGACUGAUGUCUGGACAAAGCCUCAAAUCAGUGGUGCCUUCUUAUUCCUAAUUAGGAUUUAGAUAGUGUCUAUUUUCUUAAUCUGUAUUGCUUUCCAGACAUGUACUAUGCCAUGCAUAUUUGUACUGUACUAAUGAAAGCAGARAGGGGAUUAUUCACAUACACUAUCCUUGUGCUUUGAAAUGCAUUUAAGGAAAAAAAAAAAAAGCAAAACUUUUUUUCAGACUAAAAUUUAAUGUUUGCCCUAACCAUGCUAAUGCUGCACAUAUGCUGACUCGGUUUUCCUAAGUCUAUAAUCAUUUUUUCUCUCUUUUGUGAUGCUUGAAAUGCAUAGAAGUACUUACUGUCCUAGCUGUUGUCAAAGUUUAAGGAAGUAUUUCUAAAUAUGCACUUGAAAGAAAUUAUGCUCUCAAAUAGCAGAAAAGCUCUCAAAUAGUAGAGAAGAGGUAAACGUUUCUUGGAAGAUAAAGUAACGAUCARAGCUGUUAGACAACAUUUUCAGUGGAACUGGAAGUAGGAACAAAGUAUACUGUUGUACAUAUGCUACUCUUCAAAUCUGACUGUUAAAAAUGUAAUUAAAACAAAAAAUCUAUAGACCAUUUGAAAUAAUGUAAAGCAGAAUACUAAAUGAAGAACGUGUCAGAGGGGGGCAAUAAACUAACCUUGGUUCAUUAUUAACACCAAUUGUGAUUCAUCUGCUGGUGUUGAAACUCAAAUAACUGGGUGCUUGGCAGACUUAAAAUUUAUUGUGUUUGCGUCAUCUGCCUACUGCAUAAGUCAAAGAUCUGGAAGCAGUGUAUAUUUUUAAAGAUAAUUAAACAAAUCAAAGUCCUGUURUGCUUGGAACUCCUAAAAAUUAAAUAAAAA